AUGGUCGCCAUCAAGAACUUCCUCGCAGCCGCCGGCAUCUUCGCACUGGCUGCUGCCGCCGCCGUCACCACCACCACCGUUCUCGCUGCCGCUGCCACCACCACUCCCGCCGGGCAAGCCAAACCGGCGACCCUCCCGACGCCGGAGAUGAUCGCCAGACGCAGAGAGUGGUGCAAGGAGAACAACGCCGCAAAGAGACGCGCCGGCCCGUCCUACAGGAGCCCGGACAACUUCAAGGGUGCCAUCGAGUACUGCGUUAGGUUCUACCUCGAAGAGUACAGAAAACACCCCAACACUAGCGGCUGGCUCGAGACCCCCGAUGCCAAGGGCAAGGGCAAGGACAUGGGCAAGAAGCCCGCCGCCGCCGCCGAGAAGCUCGUCGAGAGGCGGGGUCCGGCCAUCGAGCCCGUGGCCUCUGACGCUGGCUUCGACCAGUGGACGACGAUCCUUGGACACGGCAACUUUGCGGCGCAAUCUGACCUCCCAGCAAAGUUGAACCCCGAGAACCUGAGCAUCGGUACCCGCGCCAUACCGGGGCCCUUAUUGGCGGUGGAAUAG